AUGUCGCGACCCAAAGAAAUAGCUCCUCACAGUACUUUGAGUGGUUGCUUGGCGUGGUUCCCCGCUGUGAAGCUCAAAAGUCCUGGGGAGGACGGUCCGCAAGCUGUCUCCAAAACGAAACUUGUGUACUGCUGGUCAAAUGUGCUCACGGUCCUGGAUGUAGAAGUCACGGACCAUCAGGAGAAAGAACGACGGCCUUCUCUCCGCUUCAGACCCCGUAGUAGAUGGAGAGCCGAAGAAGCAAUUGUUGCCGUACAGUGGAUUAGCCGAUCCGUCCUCGGUGUGCUCACAAUCAGUCAACGUCUCAUCGUCCUGGAAGACAAUUCUCUCAGGAUGACUGAUUCAUUUGACUUGAUUCAAAAGCACAUCUUCCACCAGGAUUUGUUUUCACGUCAGCUCCAUGCUGUAGUGGAGCAGUUGGACGAACAGGAUGACACAAUGCACGGCGUUGUCGCAGAUGCCUUCUACAUGAGCUUUCGCGCCUACAAAGGAAGAUUGUUUCUUUUGGGUUUCAAUGACGUCUCGAUUGGAACUCUAUCAAACUGGGCAGACCGACUCCUUGCCCUCAUGGAAGAAGGGGACUACAUAGCCGCCAUUGAGCUAGCAACAUCCUAUUACAACGGAGACGCCGACAAGCUUACGGUAGGCUUGCCUAGUGAUGAUGCUGCCAGACACAUUGUGGUCCAGGAAAAACUACUGGAAAUGAUCUCUGCAUCCCUGAGAUAUACCUUCGCCAGGAAAGAAUCUUCCGAUGAUGGAGCCCCUCGUACUCAGCUUUACGAGUUGGCGUCAGCAAGCUUUUCGGCAUGCCUCAGCAUGGAAGAGAUGGAUUUUCUAUUCGAGGAUGUGUACGAAGCGUUUCAAAACGCGUCUUCUGAGAACGUCUUUUUCGAGGUUCUGGAGCCUUACAUUGUCGAGGACGAAAUCACGUCCGUGCCUCCGGAUGUUUUGAAGGGUAUGAUCACACAGUACGCCUUACAAGGACGCACAGAUAGGAUUGAGGAAAUGAUUUGCCGCUUGGACACAGCCACGAUCGACAUUAACCAGGUCACAAUUCUCUGCAGGCAGUACAGCCUGUAUGAUGCACUGAUCUACGUGUGGACCCGGUCCAUACGGGAUUACAUUACCCCGCUUAUUGACCUGCUCUCUUUGGUUAAAGUCCUCUUGUCAGGUGGUGAGCCUUCCGGACCGGCAGAAGAGCAAUAUCUCGCUUCCGCAAUGAAGAUUUUCCCAUACCUUGCAUAUACCCUUACAGGACGCAUCUAUCCCGGAGGGAACCUUUUACCGGAUGAGGAAGCAGAUAGUGCCAAAGAUGCGCUGUAUUCGUACCUUUUUUCUGGGAAAGCGACAGAGUGGCCCAAAGGCAGCGGCGACAUUUUUCAACCACUCGAAGACAAAGAAUCUGCCGAGUCCUUCCCUUAUCUGAGGGCGAUUCUCAGAUUCGACACGCCAAGCUUCAUGAGCAUGCUCAAUGAGGCAUUUGAGGACUCGUACCUGAACGGAGAGCAGUCUCCAAAUGGAACAGUGAAUGGAGUAUCGGCCUCGGAUCGUUCCUCCGGGAGAAGGCCAACGCGCCAGUACAUCUUGAACAUUCUACUUGGAGUCAUGUCGGAAGGCCAGUUCGAAUCCGAGGAUACAACCUACCUAUACAUGUUUGUGGCUCGCAAUCUCCCCAAGUUCCCACAAUACAUCAUUCUCCCCGGUAGCGCACUUCACAAGUUGCUCGAAGGUCUUUGCGAUUAUCCUUCCGAUGCGGUGGCGGAUGACUGUCAGCUGAGUGUCGAGUACUUGCUUUCGGUCUACCAUCCGACAGACAUCCAGUCCCUUGUUCCGCUUUUUGAGAAGGCCGGGUUCUAUCGGGUGCUCAAGUCGGUAUACAGUGGUGCGAAACAAUACGCACGGCUUGUUGAGACGUAUCUCAAUGACACAGACGACCGCCCAGCAGUGUUCGAAUGUAUCAGGGACUGCUUACGACCGAGCAAGGGUCUUAACAAACGACAAGUAGGCGAUGUUCAUGCUGUCAUCCUCGCUCAUGCAAUGGAUCUUGCGAACAUUGACGCAGCACUGACGGCACGGACGCUGAAGAAUUCUGCGCCUGUGCUCCUGGAGUCUGUUCUUGAUACCUUGGAAGCUGAUCAUUACGUCCAAUUCUUGUUUCUCAGAGCGCUCCUUGAGCCAGAAAAACACCUCACGACCGCGAAGCAACCUCUUCCGGCAGAAGUUGCAGCAGCUCGUUUUGUUGAGCAGUAUGUGCAACUUAUGUGUAGGUACGAUCCUACACACGUUGCCGACUAUGUUGGUCUUUUAAGUUCUGGAGAUCUGCGUCUCGAUAAAGUUCUCCCAGCCAUGGAGAGUAGUGGCGUGGUCGAUGCGGCGGUUGUGCUUAUGGCUCAAGAUGGAUUGAUUCGAGAAGCCAUGGACAGACUUAUCAAACACCUUAGCACGCUGGAAACUGCUCUAGUCGGCCUGCUUGGUGCUGCGAGUGAAAGUCCCGAUGAGUCGAACACAGAAGAAGCCGCUGCGGAUCUCCUAGAAGCUGUGCAAAAAUACACCAAGAUCGGCACCUGGCUAUGUCAAGGGCAGACACGCAACAAGAAGAAACCGGCAGACCCAAGGAAACGAGCCGUCAACGGGGAUCUCGGCACAGAGAAGGACUUGGAGACGGACGAACUCCUCUGGCUCGACUUGAUUGACAUGACCGUUGCGAUGACCAAAAACGUUUCCACAUCUGCCGCCCAGCUCAGCGCCAAAAGCCAACAAGAUGCAGCAAUCGACACCACCAAGAUUACCAAUAGCCUCCGCAACAACGUCCAACAGACGUUCAGCGCCCUUCUGGCCUGCAUGGCCGCGAGCGAUACCAAGCCCAGCAGCCAAGUUGCCCGGGCUUCUGCUGUGGCGCAACAACAGAAACGCCAAACCAUCACCGCCGCAACACCAGCGGCCGCCGGCCAACCUUCCGCCUCCUUCCUCCGCAUCCUCCGCGCUUUCCUCACGCGCGCGGCACGCACCAGUCCGUCCCUGUCAGACCUGCGGGCGGUGCUGGCGUCCAUAUUCGCAGCCUACACGUUCGAGGAGACGCUCAUUGCGCUGGCGAACCGGUUCUUAGAGAAGGACGUUUUCGAACACGUUGAGGAGGCGCACGCGAGGCGGCUGCGCGGCUGGCGCCCGAAGGGCCAAGUGUGCGAGGGCUGCAGGCGGAGAGUGUGGGGGCCGGGUGCAGGCGCGAGCAUUUGGGACGCGUGGGAGAGAGAGAGGGAGAGGGGCGAGAAAGAGAGAAGGGGCAGGUGGCUGGUAAGGGGGGAUAGCGAAGAGGCGGGGCGAUUGAGGAGGGGCAAGGGAAAAGCGGAGAUGGAAGAGGGUGGAGAGGGGAAAGGUGCAAUGGGAGAUCCUAAUGGAGAGGGCGGAGACGGCGACGGUGUAGGGCCGCUGGUCGUGUUUGCGUGUAGACAUUUGUGGCACCAGAGGUGUCUGAUGAAAGGGAAGAAGAACGGUGGGACGACUGCGCCGGCGGAGAUGGAUGAGGUGGAGGAGGGUGAUGGGGCGAGGGAGUUCAGGUGUCCGCUGUGCGAGGGAAAGCCAGAUGAGGAAGCGGUGUCGUAG